UAUAUGGAGAUGGGCCGCCUCUCCCUUUCGUUGCUAGUGUCCGGCGCGAAGCACGAGCGUCCUCCAGCUGCGGCCUCGCGACCAAGAGAUCUUGCGGUAGCGCGACUUGGGCUUCGGUUGAGCUCGCGGGGUUCGAUUGUUCUUCCUUCUGGUUUCGUCGAGCGUGAUGAUGGGUAAGGGAGACCGGGGGGAUAUGGAGGGUGACGACGGCUCGCGGUCUUCGUUUUACGGCAUCCUCGGCAUCGCUCCCGGUUCUUCUUUGGAGGAGAUAAGGCGCGCUUAUCGCAAGCUCGCUAUGCAAUGGCAUCCCGACAGGUGGACGAGGAACCCUUCUCUGUCGGGCGAGGCCAAGCGCAAAUUUCAGCAAAUUCAGGAAGCUUACGAAGUGUUGUCAGACCAGAGGAAGAGGACGUUGUACGAUGCGGGGUUGUAUGAUCCGGAUGAUGAAGUAGAUGAGGGGUUCUGUGACUUUCUGCAAGAGAUGGUGUCUCUCAUGGGACAGGCCAGAAGAGAGGAGAAACAAUAUACCAUGGAAGAUUUGCAAACGAUGUUCAUGGAGAUGGCGCAGGGGUUUGAGUUUGGUCCUUGGUCCUCCGAAGCUAUGAUCUUUGAGGAUCACAAGAGCUCAAAGAGAGCACGGUGCGAAUUGGACUUGAUGCCAGGGACAUCGCAUUCGCACAUAUCGGGGUUCAGGAUGUACGAAACGAGCGGUCGUUAUUGCCACUGAGACUUGCUCCACUAUAUGAUACGGAUGCAUGGAGGAAAAGUGGGAAACAUCAGAAGGGGUUUCCGGGAAGAGCUCGUGACCACUUUCGAAGCAAACUACGGAUAUCAAAUGCGUGGAAAUGGCAGACAUGGCCGGAGGAACAACACGAUUUUCUGAUAGUUGUCGGAAGUGGCUUCUGUGAGGAGUUGUUGCUUGUAUUUGUUGUAUGGAACUCCCACACCCUCUUGUUGUACAAAGUUUUGGAAUGGCCUGUGUCAUGUUUGUUCGAUUGGGACGAGGCAUGUUAUGUACAGCAGCAGUUCAUAUUAGACAUUGCCCUCAUGAACAUUGUAUCGGAAGUGUGUUUGUCCUUGAUCUUUUA